CCGUCAAAAAAUUUAAUUCAGCGCUGAAAAUAUUUCAUUUCAUUUGUGAUUCUUCUUCCAUUUGUCAUCAAAUUGUACAAGAAUGUCGGAGACAACAAAACAAAUUGUUAUUGUGGGAGACGGAACCGUUGGAAAGACGUGUUUACUACAUUCUUAUUCAAAUGAAAGCUUUCUUGAGAGUUACGUGCCGACCGUAUAUGAGAAAGAGGUGUUUGAUUUAGAGCUUAAUGGUGUUGUGCACACCGUGAAAUUGAUUGACACAGCGGGACAGGAAGAAUACGAAAGAGUACGAAAGCUGUUUUACAAAGAAGCAAAUUGUUUUAUCCUCUGUUAUGAUGUUUCCAAUCGAAAUUCUUUCACGAACAUAAUGCAUAAAUGGGUUCCAGAAUUACAGAAUAUUGACAGUUGGCCUGUGCCUAUUGUUCUUGUAGCUACAAAGGUUGACCUUAGAGAAAAUGCUCACCGACCGAUGAUAUCGACUCAAGAGGGACAAGAGUUGAGUAGAAAAAUGAACGCCUACAGGUUUGUUGAAUGUUCUGCAAAGGAAAACAUUCGAAUUACUGAUGCUAUACAUGAAGCUGUGAGAGCUGCCGUUAAAGGUCCAAUUAUGGUGAACGACACGAGACAAUCAAAACCUUCAUUUUGGGGAUGCUGUCAACGAUGACUACGCAAAUCUAUUGAAAUUCAUUGCAGGAGCCGAAAACUUUCAGCAAUCGAUUUUUGUUUCCAAAAUAUGAUUUAAACUGUACAUAUGUUAACUUACAUAAAUGGUGUUGUAUCCGAUUGAUUUGUUGCGGAACUUUCUGUAAUAAAACUUUUCUCCUU